UAUUCCAGGUGUUUGCAUAAUUCAGUUAUAUACAUGUAUGUGUGACUUAUGCAGAAGUUUAUUCUCACCUAUGUGUUAACUUAAUAAGUUCUUAAAAUGUUCAACAUAUAUUGUUUACUAGAACUUGCCUCUUGCAAAUUUUCCAUUCUCACUUAUGAACAAGAUGAAAAUGCAUGUAACAACAUAUGUUACACCUACAAGUUAAAAAGAAGAAAUGAUGCUAAUGAAGCAGCACCAGCCUGCUAUAAAAGUAGCCACAUGGAAAUAGGAAGUACUGUUGAAAAUGUUGUGUAACAGUGAAAUCGAACAAGAUUUUAAAGUCUCUCGAGUAUUUUACUCGAUAUUAUUACUAUUGUAUAUAUUUGUGCAAUUAAGUGUAACAUUACCUGUGUCCAGUGCAGAUAAUAAUACAACAAUUGAAACAACAAUGCAUACUUCAAUGAAUGAUUCGACCGAUGAUAACUUAUACGUUAUAAAAGCAGUGGUAUAUGAAAUUGGUAUUUUAACAGAUGCAAAUGAUACAAACGAUGACGUUACAGAAAGGCAAGAUGUUAAAAUUUCCUUCUACAAUCCACCAAAAAAGAACUAAGGAUCUUAAAAUGAAAAUUAAUGCAACUGCAUCGUUUUGUAUAUUAUACAGUCAACUGCAUUAUAUCAAUAUACAUAUAACACAAUCAAAGUUUAUAAUUUACAUUCCUGAAAUUAUUACUUCACGUAUACAUUUUACAU